AUGGUUUGGACGGCAAAAAUAGAGAGCAGAAGCAGUCUUUGGGCUGAUUACGUCACCUCCAGAUAUGGCCACCUUCAACAGAGUACGCUUGCUUCCCCCCUUUCUCCCCCCUCCCCCCUCUGGAAACACGUCCUCUCCCUGUCCCCUGUUUUGAAUAGGAACUUACAGUGGAAGGUGGGGCGUGGCUCUAUCAACCUCUGGCACAACAAUUGGACUGGUAUUGGGCGGCUUGCUGACUGGGCGACUCAACCAAUUCCUGAUGACAUGCUCCACAUGUCAGUUAGCGACUUCGUCUCACAUGAUGGUAUCAAUCCUCAGUCGCCGGAUUUCGACUUACUUCCUACAGGGGAUUUAGAUCACAUCAUUCAGGCGGGGAUUUACACUUCAGAUCAGUCCGAUUGUUUAGUUUGGCCACACAAUCGCUCUGGUAUUUAUAUAGUUAAAUCUAGGUGGGCUGUUUGCAGAAUAGUUGGGCAGGGUAUUGUUUGGGCCAAACGCAUCUGGGAUCCUAAGAUUCCAUACAAAAUCUCAACAUUUCUCUGGAGGAUCUUCCAAGGGGCCAUUCCAACUGAUGACAGGGUCCAAUCUCGGGGAAUCUCCCUCACGUCUAGAUGUGUUUGUUGUGAUGAUGAACAAGAUUUCUCUCCAUGUGAAUCGUUGGAACGCCUGUUCAUCAAAGGAGCCCUUGCAUCCAAAGUUUGGAAGGAAUUUAGUGACAAUUUUUAUCUCCUGAUCCCUCUUUCGCCAUUGAUUGGGAACCGUUUCUUCCUAUGGUGGCAUUCAAAUCUUCCAAGUGGCCGGCCACACCUCCUUCGCCGCAUCACACCGUGCCUGAUUGUAUGGGAAUUAUGGAAAGCUAGGAACGCAACCAAAUUUGAUGGGACCUUGCCUAACAGCAGAAAGGUGAUAAAUCGUGUAAGGUGGCUAAUUGGAAAAAUGUUUGCUGGCUCCCCAACCUCCCAUCACACGUUCCACUGGCUUGGCAUCCCAAUUAACCCUCCUCUUCCAAAGUCUUACCAUUUUGUUAAAUGGGACAGACCUCUUGGAGGCUUGGUUAAACUGAAUGUAGACGGUGCAGCAGCCAGUAACCCAGGUCCGUCAGGGGUUGGGGGCGUCUGCAGGGACUCCAACGGCGAUCUGAUUUUUGUAUUUUAUUCCGGCUACGGUGUUGGCUCGAAUAACUGGGCUGAACUAUAG